AUGCUAAUAGAGGAGGUCCAGCGGAAUGGGAAGGCAGGUGUUCCUGCAGGGAGGUGGCCCAGCCUGCUGAAUCUGACCUGUCCACGCAGUAGCUGCAGUGGCAGUGAGGUCUCCUUAUCCAGUGCCUGUAGCGAGUACUCCAGUGGCUCACAUACUUGGGCAGAAGGACGCGGCUCCACCAAGCAGUCUGCAAUAAAUCGGGAGAAGAGGAUGAGUGCGACUUAUUGCUCUGUCUCAGCAGAGCAGCCGGACCUAAGCUGGAAAGAGGGACACAUUCUGAAGGGCCUGCGGAGGCUCCAAAUGCGCAGCCCAGCUCCCCAGGAGCCAUCUUCACUCGCCUCCACGUCACAUUUCAAGAACUGCAUGACCUCCAACGAGGGCAUAUACUCUCUAGGGGUCAAGUGUGGGCCCAUAGGGGUAGUGCCCACAUUGGCAAAGGGAAAGCCUUUCAAGCCAGGAGCAGGAGUCAGUACCUUAAUCUCUGACUCGGACGAUGCAGAUGAUGAAUCACCUCAAUCCCCAGUCAGGGAGUCCUGCGGCCAACCCAUCAAAGACACUCACCAUCUGGAAGGACAGCCUCCGUCUGAAUUGGGAAUGGCACAGGGGGAAAAGAGCUUUAUGGACUACAACUCCCAAGAGGAGCCUGUAAGACUCGUAAGGAGUCCCUGCAACUCCCUCUCACCUAUCAAAGACGUUUUCUUGCUCAAGGGUCCCACACUGAAGCCUGGACUUAGCCCAACGGCGACCCCUACCAUUGUGAGUGGACUUGAGAAUACAAACUGGAUAGAAAAAGACAAGCAGUCUGCCUUUACAAACUGGAAUGUUAUGGACAGUUGCAAUUUGAGGCCAGAGAGUGUUAAACAUCCACAAGACAAAGUUACAGACAAACAACUAGAGACAGGGGCUAAGGAAGUGAGCCUACCCAUUCAGCAUGCAGCAGCCAGAGCUUUGAGUUGGGUUAGUGAGGUCAGACAGCGCAGUGCUUCCAUGGAUACGAAGCAUUACAGAGAGCCGAAUAGCCAGGGUGAAGUUGAUACCAAGGACUACACCAUUUUGGAGUCCCGACAGAGGAAAGCAAAGCCUAAGGCCUGCAACUCAGCAAGGAAGGCCUUUUUCCUCCGAAGCAAGAGUGCGGAUGGAGGCCCAGACAAGGCCAAGCUGCACCAGCCUCUACACCUGAAGCUGAUAAAGGUCAAUCAAAGGUCAAACAACCACUCAAACACUCCUGGGCCCAGUGGCCCUGGCACAAAGACUAACCUCAGCAAGGCACCUGGUCCAGCAAAGGCAUCAGUACAAAUGUCUGAGAAAGGUAAGAAUGCUACUGGUGCAAGAACUUCAGGGCCCCUUGAGAGUACAGUACAGGGUUCCCCCUCUUCUUCCCCUCAGAAACUGGUCAAGGUAUUUAAGCCACCUGGGCUGAAAGAUUACCCCAAGAGCCCAUCUAAAGUAUCCCAACCAGUCUCCAAACUCCCAUCAAGGAAUGACUGUGGGGCCAAAGCCCCCAACUCCAACAAUUCAGCCGGCUCUCCACUCAAACAGAGACAGCAAGACCAGCACUCCGAUCCCCCUCGCAAUGAUAUCAGGUCCCUUUCUCCUCCACCCCCACCAGGUCGGACCACCUCCCUACUGAAACGACCUGGUUAUGACUCGUUACCUCAGGCGCAUAAGUCUGUGGUUCAGCCCCAAACCUCUAGCACUGUGAAGGCAACCACUAGUAGCACCAAAUCUCAGUCUAGUCAUCAUAUAUCUAUUUUACAAAUGCAAGCUCAAGCCCCCAACAAAAUGCAAGACACUCGUCAUAUGGCUCCCAAAAUGGGCGCUGAGGUGAAGAAGUCACCGAAACGGGGCCCUACCAAAGUUUACCAUCCCUUACCAACUUCUACCCCUAUUCAAGAAUCUAAGGAAACAGCCUCUUCCCAAUCCUCAAUGAGCAGGACUGUGGCACAAGCCUCCCAUCAGGAAAAUAGUGUCCCCUUUGUGGUGCCAAACCAGGGCUGCUUACCUGUGUCCCAGCAAGGCAAUGGUGAGCCACAAAGUACAGAGCUCUUACCUCAGGCCUCAGCAUCUCUUCUCUGCCAUGGCAUAGUUAGUAACUCUCAAGAUUCUGUGACCAGGGUAGAGAAGUCAUCCAUUCUUGUUGGCUCCAAAACCUACGAGACAACUCCAAAGCCGGGCAACAACUCCACAGUUAACACUGCUACAAAGGGAGUGCAGACUUUUGACACCUUCAACCAGGACACCUACACACGUCCAAUGAUGCACUGUGUCAAUGCAGCUGUAGCAAAGGCCAAAGCUAGGAGAAAUCUCAAGACCCGCUGUAGUUCACUAGAGGAGCCCGCACUCCCACCUCCAGCAGCAGAGAAUGGUGUAACUUUGGACUGGGGAUUUGAUGAAGAGGGCUGGCUAUUCAAGCGCUCAGUCUCAGUUUCUACCCAGCGUCCUCUUCACCCGGUUAUGGGGAUGAACGGAGCAAAGGCUCGCAGUCAAAGCUUCGGAGCACGUUACAUGGACAGACCGAAUGUCAGCAGGUCAGAAAAAGUCCGUACUCACAUCAAAACUAAAUCAGGAAGCUCUUUGAACUCUCUUGGUGAUGUAUUUCGGGGUAGUAUGAGUUGCUCCAACAGCUACCAUUGUCCCAUGAACAGAUCCCACGUGAACAAUUUCAUGAUUGAGGAAGGCUUGCCACUACCUGCACAUCUGGGGGCUUCCAGUGAUCGAUUUGGUCUCAAACACCAGAGAUUAAACUCAACAUCACAUCUCCAGACUGAGAAACAGCUCUCUAGCACCUUCUGUGAACCCAUCCAUGGGGAACCAGAGAGACAUUCCACCAUCGAGGAGAAGGUCAUGAUGGGAAUCGAGGAGAAUUUGCAGAAAUCUCAGGAGCAGGAGAAGACAACUGAAACUAAGCAGAAAUCAGUCUCAUCCCUGGCAAACUGGUUCGGAUUCCGCAAGAGCAAGCUCCCUGCUCCGAGUGGCAAAAAAGGAGAUACUCCAAAGGGAAAGGAAGAGAAGAAGGAGCCAAAGCUUGGAUCUCUCUUGGGUGGGAAGCAGGCAAAGUCUGACAAAAAGAAGGAGAGGAGGAAAAGUGAAGGUCAUCGAAUGGACAGCUCGGUGGGGAAAAGAGACUCCCAAGAUGCAUUGCUCCUCUGCCUCUCGAUGGCCUCCCAGGGAGCCCCAGUUAAUAGCAACAUGCAAAGACAAACUGACAUCUGUGGGGACACAAAGACAAAAACACAGAGGAUGAACCUCAGGACUGAUAACGACAAUGGAGCUGCAUUAAAGAGCCCCAGUCAAGAACACGUGAUCGACUCCGGCUGCAAGAUGCAAACGUUGGACAGCGGCAUUGGAACGUUCACCCUCCUCGAUUCCUCCUCCUUCUUCUCCUCCUUCCUCCACCUCCUUCCCAAGUCCCCAUCGGCCCGGGCUCACUCCCUCAGCUCUCCCAGUGUGCCUAGUUCCUCUAGUGAGGAGGUGUCGCCCUCCCCAUUACCAAGGUGGAGAGUGCCUGCCGGCUCGAAGGACCGUCUCUGCAGCCAACCAGGGCUUGUCAACUACCCGUUAUCUGACAUCACUGUGACCCUUGUCCAAUCAGUGCCUUAUCCCACUGUGGCCUUCCUUCAGCCCAUCCAAUCCCUGUCUGAGCCCCUUGUGACCUGUGCCAGUGUAUGUGAUACCCAGAGCAGGCUGCCCAGACUAGCCUCAGGUAAAGCCCAGAGAGCUCUUGUCUAG